AUGCAAAAAAUUGAUAAAUUGACUUCAAGCGACGUUUUAACUAUGUCGGCAGUUGAGAGUAUUCCAGUGGAUGAAGGUGAGCUAUAUUUAUCAAUGAAUGAUAAUAAUAUUGAUUCGAAUGAAAUGGUUAAUUUUAAAGUUUUUUCUACUCCAUCAACUAGCGAUUCCGAAACGAAUAAGCAUUGUAAACUGCCAUCAUCAACACAAAACCGACGAAAACAAGAGAAUUCUCCACUUUCUUCUCCAAAGCAUUUGUCACCUAUAAAUGAUAAGUCGGCAUUUAACGAUGUCAUAUCUGAUCAAGAAGUUCCCACUCCCCCUCCAUCACCUAGUGCUUCUAGAAGUGCUCUUCAAAAGUCCAGCGUAUUUUCAUUGUCACAAGUAUCUGUUAAACUUUUUGAAUUAUGGUCAAGUGCAAGGGAAAGAGUAUUCGGAGAAGAUUAUUGGAUACCAUCUGAUGUUUUUGAGGUAGUGCCAGUGCCAAAUGAAGCGCUUAUAACUCAUUCCACAGUUUACCCUAUUGGAGAAAAAUUCAGUUGUUUGCGUGUUGUACGAGGUGUGCUUAAAAGUCGAUCUGAUAUACCUCUUUUUCAUGUUUUUUUCUCCAAUAACAAUGGUUCCAUUCAUUCAAGUCAAAAUACACUGAGUAUAUUUCGUUCGAAUGAUCACCAAGAAGCAAUUGAUCUUUACCAAAAAAUCGAUCAAAGGAAAACAGUAUGUGAAUUGGUUAAUGCGUUGCGAUUGCAUCCUUUGUGGCAUAUUGUUCCCGUCGCCAUCGCAACAAAUCGUAUUGAUUUUUUUUCAGAGAAAAAUGUCAAAAACUUCCAAGUGAAACAUGAACAAUAUUUUAACACAAUGCUCCAUGUGGCUAUUCAACCAGAGGGACGUUAUCCGUUGAUGUUAGCGAUCGAAAUGCAUCGUACCGAAAUUGUCCGUAGACUUUUGGAAUUGCAUGCGGAUCCAUCAUCCAUCGAUAUUAAUGGCAAUAAUUCAAUGCAUUAUGCUGCACUUGCUUCAGUGCAAAUGAUUGAGUUGUUGUGGGAAUUCCAAAGUGCUCAUUCACUUUUGAAUUUAACAAAUCAUGAUGGUUACACGCCUGUUUUACUGGCAAUACGAAAUGCUAAUCCACGUUGUGUUUCGGCAUUAAUAUCUCAUGGCGCCGAAAUUAAUAUUAGAGUUGCUGGUAGAACGCCAUUAUUCGAAGCUAUGCAAAGCAAAGGAAAAUCCGUUGAAGUAAUUCGCACACUUUUACAAGCUUCACCGAAUUUAAUUAAAGAAAUAGAACCGGCUACUGGUAAUACAGUUCUUCAUGCAGCUCAGUUCAAAGCACCUCUUGUUGGACUUUUACAUUUGAAGCAUGAGGAGCUCGAUUUAAAUGCUCGUAAUAAUGCUGGACAAGCUCCAAUUCAUCUGUAUGCUAGUAAAGGCGAUAUUGGUUUGGUCAUGACUCUAGCUUCAUAUAACUGUGAUUUGAAUAUAGCAGAUCAGAGUGGGGAUACUGCACUCCACAUGGCUGUAUCACGAUGUGAUUUGCAAAUGACUAGAUUACUUCUUUGUCUUGGUGCUGAUCCAAAUCUAAAAAAUAAGCAUGGUGAUACUCCUAGACAUCUAGCAUCAAAGCUACGACAGAUUGAUUUGGUGAAAAGUUUGGCAAUUUGUGGUGCCAAGCGUUGCGAUGAAGAUUCGAAAACUGGCUGUGUUUCUGGAUGUGUCAAUACAAAAAAAUUGGAUAAAAUUAAGGAUUCACCAGCAAAUUUGAAUGGCUCUGAACUUCCAACUUCUCGAUCAUCUAUAUAUUUCGACGAUUUAAAUGGAUCAAAUAAAUCUUCAAUUACCAAUCCAAUCUCUGAAUUCAAACAAAUGUUCUGCUAUGAUGGAAUAUUACAAAAACUUGAAGAAAUGGCUUUGCGUAAAGAAUCGCCAGAUUUUGUUAACCUGCUCUCAUUAGAUGGUGGUGGUAUUCGAGGGCUUGUUAUUAUUCAAGUACUGAUUGAACUGGAAAAAGUUUUAGGCGAGCCUUGCUUCCCUUACUUUGAUAUGGUUGCUGGCACCUCAACUGGAGGAAUAAUCGUUGCUGGUUUAGCUCAAGGCCGGUCGUUGCGUGAAUGUCAAAAGAUUUAUUUACGAUUAAAAGAUCUUAUAUUUGAUAGUUGGACUAGACCUUAUAAUACAGCUCAAUUGGAGCUUUUUAUGCAAAAUGAAUUGGGAACACAGACAACUUUAGCAGAUAUUCGUUGGCCGAGAAUUAUGAUGACAACAGUUCGUGCCGAUAUUUUUCCGUGCCGUUUAGAAUUAAUUAGAAAUUUUCGUCUCCCUCUAAGUGAUGAAGAAAACGGAAAACUUGGAUAUGUCGAUCCAUCAAGUAUAUCAUUAUGGAAAGCGUUGCGGAGAACAUCAGCGGCGCCUACUUACUUCGCAUCUGUUGAUAACAAAUAUAUUGAUGGUGGCAUAAUUGCUAAUAAUCCCACAAUUGAUCUCCUAUCAGAGCUCGAAUUUUGGAAUACGGCAAAACAUUAUAUGACGUUAUCAACUGCAAAUGAUGUGAAAAUCGGUUGUGUUUUAAGUGUUGGAACUGGAACCAUACCUGUCGUCCCUAUGGACACCGCAAAUCUUGAAAUAUCUUCUAAUCCUUACUCAUCAGCCGUUGCCAUAAAAAAUCUUGGGACUAUUCUUGUUGAACAAGUUACUGCUACUGAAGGAGUGCCAGUAGAGCGUUCACGAGCAUGGUGCCAUAAAAUAGGAGUCCCAUUCUUUCGCCUUUCUGCUCCUAUUUUCAAGAACGUUGCCAUGGAUUCUAAAGAUGAUUUUGAAAUAGCUCGUAUAAUGUGGGAUUGCAUAGAAUAUGCUAGUGUUAUGCAAAGCGAAUUUGAAAAGAUUUCAUUUUUACUAAAAAAGCUUGGUCAUGCUUGGCAUAGACGUCAUUUGUUCGAAACGCAAAGAAUUGGAAAUGAUGUGCAGACACAAACAUAA